AUGGACAGCAGCAGCAGCCUCCACGCAAGGAUAGAAAUCACUGCCCUGAGCCCGUGGUCGGCCCCCAUCGUGUGGGACGGGACCUUCGAAAGCGCCCCCCUGAACUAUCACUACAAGCGGCAGAAGGUCACCGUUGGACUGACCGUUUUCGCCAUUGGGAAGUACCUGGACAAAUACCUGAAGGACUUCUUGAUUUCUGCAAACACCUUCUUCAUGGCCGGCCACAAGGUCAUCUUCUAUGUCAUGGUCAAUGACCUCUCCAGAGUGCCCAAGGUCAAGCUGGGCCCGCAGCGGAUACUGAAGCUCUUCCACGUCAAGCAGCACAGCCGCUGGCAGGACAUCAGCAUGAUGCGCAUGAAGACCAUCGGGGAGCUGAUCGAAGACUCCGCCCGCUUCGAGGUGGACUUCCUCUUCUGCAUGGACGUCGACCAGGUCUUCCGGAGCUUCUACGGGGUGGAGACCCUGGGCAAGUCCGUGGCCCAGCUCCAUGCCUGGUUUUACGAGGAGGACAGGAGCACCUUCACCUACGAGAGGCGCCCCGAGUCGGCCGCACACAUCCCAUACGAGGAGGGAGACUACUACUACCACGGAGCAGUCUUCGGGGGCACCCCUCUGGAGGUCCUGAACCUCACCCGGCAGUGCUACCAGGGCAUCCUGCAGGACAAGGAGCGGGGUGUGGAGGCCAUCUGGCACGACGAGAGCCACCUCAACAAGUACUUCCUGCUCCACAAGCCCACCAAGCUGCUCUCCCCCGAGUACUGCUGGGAUUACAAGAUCGGCUGCCCCUUUUACAUCCAGAACGUAAAGUUGUCCUGGUUGCCUAAAGAAUACGAAGAGGAAGAGGACCGCUUGUUUGCCAGCAACUCCACCCCUUCCCUGGGCAGCCUGGGGCAGGGUGGGCAGGAUCUGGAGGACGAGACGGCAGCCUGA